AUGGGAGAGCACAAAGUCUUUGUAUGGAGUCUAAGUUUCCUGGUUUUGUUGUGUUUUGGGCUUUAUGGACGUGUAACAGUUGAAGCAAUCCGAGAAGGGAAGUUUUUAACUUCUCAGGCUAAGGCUGCCAAUGUAGCACUAACCAAUGGUUAUGGAAAAGAGUUUGGAGGUGGAGGUGGAGGUGGAGGUAUGGGUGGAGGCAUAGGAGGAGGUGGUGGUUUAGGCUAUGGCUCAGGUGGUGGAAAUGGUAACUAUGGGAUGGGUGGAGGAUCUGGCAGUGGCCAGGGCGGUCAAUAUGGUGGAGGUAGUGGCGGUGGCUUUGGUGGAGGAUCUGGUAGUGGCCAGGGUGGUCAAUAUGGUGGAGGAUCUGGCAGUGGCCAGGGUGGUCAAUAUGGUGGAGGAAAUGGUAGUGGCGGUGGCUUUGGUGGAGGAUUUGGUAAUGGUGGUGGCGUUGGUGGAGGAAAUGGUGGCGGAUAUCCAGGGUAUGCUGGUGACAGAGUGCAGUCUAAGUUUCCACAAGUGUCUGCAGGGAGGAAGAACUAA